UAACGGAACGCCACAAUAUUUACUAAAAUGUUUCAACGCCACACCGACGUCGGACACUCAUGCCGCAGAUCAAUAAAACAGUAAACUCCCAAUACUAGCUCUUUCAUCUUAAAUUGAGCACUCCAGCAUUGCAAGUUAUUUAUUCAGCCUGUAAGAUGGCCUGGAUCUGGAAGAGGAAGUCAGUAAUAGUAAGCAGUCUUAUCGUGGUGGUGUCUCUGUUUCUGGUGGUGAUGAAUUACUCAGAGAAGCCUUACUUCCUUCUGCAGCCUGUAUUCGGCCAGAGCUUCAGCAGAAACUGGAUGUUCUCCCGUCCACCACACAAAGCCUUCAAACCCCACCGUGGCUACCUCAGUAUCCCCAACCAGGAGCCAUUGAAGCUGCAUUGUGAGGUGUGCAGUAUAGUGUCCAGCUCUGGCCAGAUGUUGGGGCGUGAGGCCGGGGCUGAAAUCGACCAGUCCUCCUGCAUAUGGAGAAUGAACAAUGCACCUACAAGAGGCUUUGAGAUAGACGUGGGCCGCAGGACGGACCUGAGGGUGGUGUCCCACACCAGUGUUCCUCUGCUAAUCCAAAAGCCACAGCACUUUUUUGGCCAGGGGAAUGAGACUGUUUAUGUGGUAUGGGGACCCUUACGUAACAUGAGGCAGGACGGCAAGGGCAUUGUGUACAACAUGCUGCGGCAGGCGGUGGAUAACUACCCACAGGCUCGCAUCUACGUCACCACAGAAGAGCGCAUGAAUUACUGUGACACUGUAUUCAAGAAGGAGACUGGUAAAGACAGGAUUCAGUCGGGGUCGUACCUGAGCACCGGUUGGUUCACACUCAUUCUGGCCAUGGAAAUGUGCAAGGAGAUCCAAGUCUACGGCAUGAUUAACGACACAUACUGCAAGUCAGAGGGCAACAGGAAAGUACCGUACCACUACUAUGAAGCAGGAAGUAGAGACGAAUGUGCAGAGUAUCUCUUGCACGAGAGCGCACCUUAUGGCGGACACCGUUUCAUCACAGAGAAGGCGGUUUUUGCAAAGUGGGCCAAGACUCACCCCAUCAAGUUUUUCAGUCCAGAGUGGCAGCUGUCAUGACCAAUGGAAGACUCCCAUUCCUUCUGAAUGUCCCAACACUCUGUCAGCCCAUAACCUUUCCUUCUUAAAUUAACACACAAACGUUGAGGUGAAGAAUCCCUCUGAUUGCAAUUUCAAACACCAGUUGUUUGAGUGUAGUAAGUCACCCAUCGUAACCAUACUGAGAGGUCUCUAUUGCACCUGGUGUUGAAUCGUUGUGGUCAUUUAGUGGAUUUUGCAUGUUCUAAUUUGUUUAUUCAUUGGACAACCGAGUAGCUUAGAUUUUCUCUGAGCACGUACAGUUAUUGCAAAAAAGAUGGGCUACAGUAGAAUGUCGCAUCCUUGUUUUUUUUUUUCAUCACUAGACUUAGAAAAGAGACGAUGAAGUACAUGACUGAGAAACCUUUGCUUUGAUUGGCAUCUCGGAUCACAACAACUGCUGAUGCAGUCUUAUAUGAACAGUGAUGGAUCUUGGUUUCUGUAAAUGAGUACACAUAAUAUGUUAUUUAUUGUCUCAUAGACAAGCAUCGGACUGAAACCAACCUCAGAAAAAGUGAUGCCACUCUCAAAUCUUUUACUUUUGUACAUGACCUACAAAAGUCGUCAGCCAAAAACCCAAACAUUUUUCACUAUGACGCUCACAUCUUUUUUGGGGACACGUAACUUUAGUAAUAUUAAUAUUACGUAAUAUAAUAUUAAUAUACUAAAAUACACGUAAUAUUAGGUCAUUCGGGAACCUUAGCAUAUCAUUUUUGCGCACUUGCAUAUAUUAUGCAAGUUUUUGCUGUUAAAAUAGGCUGUGGAAUAUAAACUUAUAUUCUGUUGUUAUGUGCCAUGGCAAAAACGCAAGAAAGCCAAAGGUGCAAUAGUAUUGUUGGAUUCACAUUUUGUGCCCAUAGACAGAUGACAUGAGAAUGGUCCAGUGCAUGGUCCAGUAUCGGUGCCGUGAGUUCCGAUGUGAAGAUUGUUCCUGUAUUAAAUGUAGUGUAUACUGUACAUUGACUGCAUGUAGCGACCUAUACAUCACCAUUCCUUAUGCCCUCCUGUCCAGAACCUGUCAGUAUCCUGAAAGGAAUAGUUCACCCAAAAAUGAAACAUGAGGGUGAGUAAAUGAUUGCAAAAGUUUCAUUUUUGGGUGAACUAUUCCUUUAAGAUGAUUUUACACUGUCCCUGUUGUCAGAUCAGCAGGUUAAUUUGAACAGCUACUGUAGCUAAGUGUUGUAGCGUCAUAUAAACCAGCAGACAAUGCAGCACCCCAGGGGCUCCCCCGAUGUGUCGAGACUUCCCCAGUGCAUGUGGUUGUGGUUUUUCUCCAUCAAAGCACAGCAUGGAUCUUUUUUGUAUCUAUAUCAAGAACAUUCAUUGUCGUUGAAACUAUGCGUAAUGCUUCAUCUUGUGAUUAUGACAUCAUCUGGCAGCUCAGCCCGGACAGCCUUUCUCUAUAAUGCACCACUUUGUGCAUGUUUGACCAGAAUUGCUGUAGCAUUGCAACAACGUGUAAGCACCAUGGCAGUGCCAGACGUUUUCCCUGGAGAGAAAAACAAAGGCGCUGGAUGGAUUAGCUGUGUGAAGUGAGGAUGGAGUCAGAAUAGGAGAAAAGGAAGGUGGUGCCACAUCUGGAGCAGUUUUGUGUUGAGAUAUUGCUCAUGCUUUGGUCCAGUCAGUUCAUUUAAACAACUGAUACAUGGUCAAUUUCUCAGAGUUAUGGAUGGGCAAUAAUACUUAUUUUCUUUUCGAUGUGAUAUCAAGUAUGAGAAAGUAUAGCCGAUUCUGAUACCAAUACUGAUACCUUUAUUAAAUGGAAAGUUUUCUACCUGGUCUUAUAGAAUCUUGUUACUAUACCUACAUUUCUGCAAAAUUAUUUUUACCUAGCUCAUUCGGAUCACGGCAUUUUCCUGGUGAAAUGAACACUAAACGACUUUUAUUCCCUUUCAUGACUUGUAAGGUGAUACAUUUGAAUGUUUUUAUUACAUAACCAGAUACAUUUACAAGCUUGUUAAUAUGCGGUCAGAUUGCACGGUUGAUCAUCUAAUAGAGAAUUGCACCAGAGACUAUUUAGCAGAGACAAGCCACUUCUAUUAUGGGAGAAAUUGGAAUACCCAACGGUUAACAAAUGUAGAAAGUAAGUUUUACAGGCAAAAGAGCCAAUCACCUUUUAGAUACAGACAUUGCCUGUCAAUGAACUCGAGAAUGCCACGCGCAAUAGCUAUAUAAGCUUGGACAAUUGUGGUUUUUAGCCUAAUCUGAGGUAAAGAAGCAUAAUUUAUGAUACCAGUGAUUUACUGCUGAUUCAUGUCUGGAAACAGCUUCCCAAGAGUGUUCGAAAAAUUGCCACCAGAGGACUGACUUGCUAGAAAGAGUUUGGUUGCACUUGCAACAUGAAGGACUGGGGUAUGAGUCCUUGGAGUCAAAGACACGUGAUGCGAAAGUGUUCCUUCAGCAAUUGUGUUUUUCAUUUAACCAGUGCUUUUUGAUGACACUAUCAGUUAGCUUUAAGUUUAAGGUUUAGGGUAGGGAGGAAGGUUUUGUUAAUUUAAAACUCGAUAGAGCAUUAACAUUAAACACCUCAUCUGUUUGGGUGAAAAUUUUACUCACUUUUAGUGCCACACGGUGAACAUUUCAACUGAACUGCCGCGAUACGUGUAAGGAGCAACAUAAUAUAAUUUUGCAAAAAUAUCGCCAUGUAAUGCCACAACAUUUUCAUGAUAUCACGCUGAAAGUUUUUGUAACUUCUGAGGAUAAAAUGAAAAUCAAACACUACAAAAAUCUACACUACACCAGCACUGAAACUGAGAAAUAUAGCAUUUUUGGAAUGGCCAGCCAAAUGUAUUGUAAAUACAGUAUAUGGAAUGCACUAAUUAGAUUUUUACAUGAAUCUCAUGAAUCAUAGUUGAGCCAACCCCGUUUUUUCUCAAGCUGGAAGUGUUGUUGAACGUAUGGGCACGUGUGAGCUCCAAUUUCUGGGUGAAAUGUCCACAGAGUGGUGCCAAAAGCGAGUUGUAUUUUUAGUUGUAAAUCAUGUAAUACAGUUAACAGGAAUAUUAUUUUAAAUCUGUGCCCUAACCCAAACCUCGACCCUGAACAUAACCGUCAAUGGUGUAAAAAGGUAGUCUUUGAUGCAACCUCUGAGUUGUUUAUGUGAACACGUUUACUUCCUGGUUCCCGCGGGACCAGGACCCGUGUCUUGGAGGUUGUUACGCAACAAGCUAUCAGUAGCGCUACAGGGAAAUGUAUUCACGUUGAAAUUGAUAAAACAAUGUCUGAUGGGGGAUGCUGCUUUUCAGUAACGGUGUUGAUUUUAGGGUACAUGAACUUUCGGAAUCAACAUGUUGAUUUCCUCCACGAUCAUGUUGACUAUGCACCACUCUUUCUGUUUACGUAAAUGAGUACUUUGACUGAGCAAUGUCUGUGACUGUUUGUGUCUUUCGGCAUUCCUGCUUGUGAUCAGCUGAGCGAAAGGAGAAAUUGUUCCUAUGCUACACAACUAUUUGCUAACAAAGUUCAGUUUUUCCCCUUCAAAGUUUGAUACAUUUAUUUUCAUGUUAAAUAAUUAAUGAAAUCAGAAGUGUUAAAAACACUUAGGAUUAAUAUUUAAAUGUGAGAAUUAACCCUUUCAAUUAAGUAUGAAAAAAUUAUGAUACUUCCCAACAGUAUGGGAAGUAUCAAAAUUUUUAAGAUCGAUUCGCCCAUCCCUACUUAGAGUGUUGACCCAGGAACAUCAUUUCCGUUCUUACAGUAUUGAUUUAGUUCACCAUGUGAUAAAGGCGUGAUAAGGAAAAUAGCACAUUCAAUCUUGUAUAUAUUCUUGAAUUUAUCCCCUGCCCUGCUGUUCGUGCCUCAGUUAUUACCAUAUAUACUAAUGAUAUACUCUGAACUUGCAAGUACUCUUGGAAGAACUUGCUGAUCUUAAUCCCAUGAUCUGCUUGAUGCAGUCCAUGCCUUUCCACUGAUCUACAGCAGCAUUAGCGCUUCACACAAGAAUGGGAAUGUUGACCUAUCACCCAGAUGUUCAAUUGAGACUAAAUCCAGCACAUUUUUUGUUCUUUUUGUUUGUGAAAACACUAAACUGACUUUGGCAUUGGGCUUGUGUUAUGUUGUUUCUUUUAUCAAAUGUCAUAAGUGCUUUUCUUUAACUUUUUAAAAGGGUGCAUUUUUGAGGUGUAUACUUCAUCACUUUUUCUUUGCAGCUUAAAGUGUCCUUUUUAUCUUUUUAUUCUGGUUAUUGAAUUUUAUUUUUUCUAUUUUUCUUUGUUGGUAUGUGUAUGUUGUCACACAAUUAAGCUUUCAGCCAUUUACAGCAGACAAAAUUAGGCUUUCUAUUUUUGCAAGUGAUGAUUUUUGUGUGUUUUCCCCCAUUAAUAGUGGAAUCUAAGAGUCAAAUAUACAGUGCCUUGCUAAAGUAAUUAUUCCCCUUACAAGGACACAGAUGGCCUCUACCUGUGAAUCCUUGAAACAACUUCUUACAUGUUUUACAACAAAACAUUUCAGAUUGUGAUUCAGAAGGCCAAUUAGAAAAAAAAAGACUAAAGAUCAUUACAAUGAAGUUAGAGAUGAUGUAAAGCAAUGAAAUAGAUUAGGAAAGGGUAUAAACUAAUAUCACAGAAUAUCAAUAUAAUACUAGUUUUUUUACUUUUUUCUGAAAGAAUUCUGAAGGGAGUUUGCCCAUGCAAAUCUCAGCACUAUGAUGCUGGGUGGUGUGAGUCAGGGUCAGAAGGUUAGGAGGGCUCGGGGCAAAAAUUCAACAUAUUGGGGCAAAUAUUGUUCUGAAUUCUUCUUUUUUUUUAUUUGAAACAUCUGACAUAAUUCUUAAUUUUCUAUUAUAGCCCUAGUUAUACAGUACAUAUGAUUGCGAGAAAAAUGAGUUGAUGUUCAUAUGAUUUUACGAGUAAGAGGUAAUAAUUCUCAAUCUUGAGAAUUUGUUUUCAUAUUAAAGUAUUUUACAAGUGAAUGAUGACCAAUCCAUGGAAGAAAGAAAGUGGGUCUGUGAAAGUGUUGUAAAUCUUGUUUUAGUGAAUCGUUUUGUGGUGCACACAAAUAAUCCUUUGUCUCACUGAAAAGGCAGUCAGAUGGAUUCAGACUGUUUAGGCAUCAUCAACUGUUACUGUAUAAUUACUUAGAUUUUUGGUUUAAAGGUCAGUCUACUGUAUUUUGGUGUGCAGUCAAAUAGGUAGCAGCUUAUUUCACAUUCAGUUCAUUCUCAUAUCUCGGCACAACACCAUAUUUGUGAAAGCAUGAAUAUGUGUUAGAACUUUUAUAGCAGAAUUGAGGUUACUAUUGGAGGUGUAAUUACUUUGUCUUGUUGAUUCUUGUUCCAGCUCUCCCUGCUGUCAGUGAAGGUGUGAAUAACAUUGUAGCAACAAAGGAGACUGUUUCAGACUUCCCUUUUCAUCUUGAUUAUAGAACAUACUUAAAGCGGUAGUGUGCCCAAAAAUGAAAAGUCUGUCAUCAUUGACUUACCUUUUCUUCGUGUCAUUUCAAACCUAUAUGACUUUCUUUCUUCUGUGAAACACCAUAUGAGAAGUUCAACAGAAUGUCUGAGCUGCUCUCUUCCACACGGUGAAAGUGAAUGGAGACCACAAGCUCCAAAAGACAAAAAGCACCAUAUAAGCAGGGUUGGGGAGUAACGGAAUACAUGUUACGGGAUUACGUAUUUAAAAUACAAAAUAUAAGUAAAUGGUAAAUGCUCUGCACUUAUAUAGCACUUUUUUAACCUUAGUGGUUCCAAAGUGCUUUACACUGUGACACAUUCACCCAUUCAUGCACACACUCACACACCAAUGAUGGCAGAGCUGCCAUGCAAGGUGCUAGCCUGCCAGUGGGAGCAACUUGGGGUUCAGUGUCUUGCCCAAGGACACUUCGGCAUGUGGAGUAACUGUCUUCCACUUCAGUUACAAUUUAAAUAAUUGGUAAUUAGAAUACAGUUACAUUCAAAAAGUAUUUGGAUUACUGAAGAGAUUACUUUGCAUUUUAUUGUCAUUUGUUUCAUUUAAUAUUUAGUCCUUUCAGAUGGAAAACAUUUAUACAUAUAAAUGAUGCGAUCCAAAGUGCAUUUGAACAGCGGUGAAACACUUUCUUAUGAUGUGUUACAUUCAUACGAGCAGACAGAGAAGUAAGUUUGAAGUAAGUUUGGAGCAGAAGAAAUAGAAAUAAUCCUUGUGUAAAUUGUCACUUUUACGCUAAGCUAAAAUGCUAUUUCUAACCAUUUUACAUGCACGUUACCAGGCACGACCAUAUUUUUUUAUCAAGAAAAUUCACGUUGGAUCACAAUUUGAUUAAUCUCGUUUUAGAAACAACACUGCAUAAGAUAUUUAGGUUUUUCAGAGAUUGUAUUUUUAACGUGUAUUUUGUCUUACUGUACUGGCAGAGUUUUUAUAGUCAAAACAAGUGAAAAAAAUCUACCAGUGCUGAAGAAGUAAUCCAAAGUAUUUAGAAUACGUUACUGACCUUGAGUAAUCUAACGAAAUACGUUACAAAUUACAUUAUACAGCAUGUAUUCUGUACUCUGUAGUGGAAUACAUUUUAAAAGUAACCCUCACAACCCUGCAUAUAAGCAUCAUAGAAGUAGUCCAUAUGGCUUUUGCGCUAUAUUCAAAUCCUUUUGAAGCCAAACAAUAGCUGGAAAAACACGUGGCUGAGUAAAUGAUGAUAGAAUUUGAAUUUUUGAGUUAAAUUUUCCUUUAUCUACCACAUUCCAACAUAGGUCUUUUAUGGUUAAACCCCAGUAAAGUUUUAGAUCUCUGAGGGUAAAUGUCAGUGGGCAGUGCUGCAGUAUUUCACAAUGUUACAUAUUUAACCUCUGUAGUUCAUAUGAAACUUUGUAGAAGUCUGGUCAAUAACACAUCAUUUCAGAUUAUUUGUAUUUUUUUUAUCAAAUGGAUACAUUUCCCUGUAAAAUAUUAUUUCUGCCGAACUGUGCUGAUGCCCUUCAUUGAACAGAUGACAUUGCCAUAUGUAAUGUGCUACCAACUAGACCUCUGCUCUCAGCUCACCACCACAAUUUCAUUGCUUUCUGCGGAACUUACAGUGACUGCAGAAAACACCAUGUGUGAGGAGACACCCGUGGAGAUCUGUCUACAUCAGCGGUUCUGCUCGACUUUGAUGCAUUAAAACCAAAAGACAUUUUGUAUAUUUUCAGAGUAGUGAAAUAGUCAGAGGUCCAUCAUACCCUUUUUAAGUUUAAAUUUUUAUUGCUGUUGUGAAAGCUGACUGAUCUCUGUAUUUUAUAUGAUCUUUGUCUUCUUUAAUGUCUGUAACUAUGUAUGCUGCUUUGUCUUUUUUUUUUCUUCUAUUUUCUUUAUUGUCCGUUACACUGCAGUGUUUGGUUGCUGAUAAAAAAUAAGUUACACAUUGUCAAAAUGUUUGAUUUUCAAGCAGUGUGAUUGUGUCACUAAUUUUUUCUACUUGCUGUCUGGCUGUUUUUAAUAAAACAAGUAAAUUAAAUAAGCGAGAUGAAGGCUUCUAUGUUUGG